GGUGCGGACUUAAUGUUUUCAAGUUGAAGCGCGUUCAUGAACUAUUUCAAAUCAACAAACCGGGGCAAAAUGUGAAACUUGGAUCUAUUUCAUGAAUGUGCUUAUGAAUGAACUAAAAGUAGGCGAUCUGCUAAAGGGGACACUUAGGUGCCAUACGAAGGAUGGCUGAUGCAUUCAGCAUGGGAGAAAGUAUCGACGAUUACCAAGUGCUUAACCUCCUUGGCAAGGGUGGUUUCGCAUGUGUCUACAGAGCCCGCUCAAACAAAACUGGGAUGGAAGUGGCCAUCAAAAUGAUUGACAAAAAGUUAAUGAAAGCACAUGGAAUGGUAGCUCGGGUUAGGAAAGAAGUAGAAAUUCACUCCAGAUUAAAACAUCCUUCUAUAUUAGAGCUGUUCAACUACUUUGAGGACAAUAACUAUGUGUACUUGGUGCUAGAAAUCUGCAUGAACGGAGAACUCAACCGAUACCUGAAGGCAAACUGCAAGGUUCUUACAGAGGAUGAAGCUCAACAUUUCAUGAGACAGAUUGUGGAAGGAAUGCUCUAUCUUCACUCACAUGGUAUUCUGCACAGAGACCUGACUUUGGCCAACCUUCUACUGACUAGAAAUAUGAAUGUGAAAAUUGCUGAUUUUGGAUUGGCUACCCAGCUAACAGUUCCAGAUGAGAAACACUUCACCAUGUGUGGAACUCCUAAUUACAUCUCUCCGGAAAUAGCUAUGAGAUCAGCCCAUGGUCUAGAGGCAGAUGUUUGGUCCCUUGGUUGCAUGCUGUACACAUUCUUAGUAGGCAAGCCCCCAUUUGAUACGGAGGCUGUCAAAAGCACACUGAACAGAGUCAUUCAUGCUGACUUUGACUUACCAAGUCACCUGUCAGAAGAUGCCAAAAAUCUGAUUCAGUCCUUGCUAAAGAAGAAUCCCAAAGAGAGGCUCUCUCUGCCUGAUAUUUUAAGGCACCCUUUCAUGACCUAUGAUAAAGAGGCAUAUAGGAAAGUUUCGAAGAAUUUGGGUGAUACAUCAAUUGAUAGUGGACGAUACACCAUGGCAACCUUGACAACUUCUACCUCCUCAAAGAUGACCAACAACCUCAAGCCCCGCCCCUUCCAAGCAUUUCCUUUAGAGUCCAACAUAGCUGAAGAUGCGGAGAGAAUUUUCCAAAGUAAGAAACAGAGUUCUGAAGAGAGUGAAGUUGCCAACAUCUUCAACCAAAGAGUUCCAACCAGCUCAGCCAUUUCCAGGCAUCCACCAUCACCUCCAGUCCGAUUAAGGGACAGUGAAAGAGUCACAGAGAGACAACAGUUUCUGAGGAGCAAUAGCCAAGACAAGAGUAGAAGUAUGGAGCAUUAUUCUGUGGAGCGCAGCUUGGAGGAAAUCCAUGGAGUCAAGCAGAACAACAGGCCUGCCCCGCAGUUUGACCCUGCCAAAUACCAGGACAAUCGCUCCAACACCCCGAGCAACUCCUCAGGGUGGUCCUGUAGUUUAUCCCUUCACAGCAACGAUCCCAAGAAUGUGGCUAGUCCUGCUGUCCAUGGUUAUAGUGACACCAGUAGUCAUGGAGUCAGCAAACCGUCUGCCAGUGACCUGUCUUCCCAAAGUAGUGAAUUUAGUCUUUAUAACACAAAGAAGGUGCUAAACUUUGAAAGUGACAGCCUCCAUGAGAAGUCCCGACAUAAAGAUGGCCAGGACUAUGAGUCUUCUUCCUCGCACUGCAGCGCCAAGCACUCUUACUCCCAGCAGGGAUAUGUGGGUCAGUAUGGAAGGAGCAAGUCCGUGGAUGAUUUCCUGGAUAGUGAUAUUGACACUAAUGCUAACUGCAAUAGCAAGUCAGAACAGUUAAACAAGACUGAGGUGACCAGAAGUGUGAAAAGUUCCACUGCAUCGUCAUCUGAAGAAGGGAAAGGAAACAAAGGAAUCGGCGACUCUGUUCAACCUCUCUCUGCAGUCAGGCUGUGUCCAAUUCGCCAAAAGACAAGAAAUGCUGUUGUCAACAUUAUGGAAAAUGGGGAAGUUUGCCUGGAGUUUGUGAAACAGAAGCAGAAGGUUGAAAAGGUGAUGGAGGUCUUUGUCAUCUCCCCCGAUGGUAUGAGUGUAAAGAUCUACCAGCCAAACCAUGGCAAGGGGGAGCCCAUCUCGGACCACCCUCUCCCACUCCCUGAGUCACCCACCAAACAGUUCACCUUCGAUGAGCUCCCAGAGAAAUACUGGAAAAAAUACCAGUAUGCUGCAAGGUUUGUGAAACUGGUCAGGUCCAAGACCCCUAAAGUAACCAUUUACACUAGCAAAGCUAAGUGUAUGUUGAUGGAGAACUCACCAAACCAUGACUUUGAAGCAGUAUUCUAUGAUGGCAAUUUUCCUGGAGAUGACCAAACUAAUUUCUGUGAUGAUUGUUUCCCAUGGAGUGCUAAAUUCACAAUGAACUCCACAAACAUUCGAAUCAUAGAGAAGACAGGGACAUCGCUGGUGUUGGAGUCUGAGGACACGCGACAGCGACUGGCUGAGGAGACACAGCACUUAUUGGAGUACGUGAAGCAGUGCAGACAGCAGUGCCUUGAGCUGGAGUCUGUCAUAGAGUCUGUUCAGCAGCGCUGUAGCACCAAGGGCCAGCAGUUUUUUCCAGUCAUCGUGGGCCGACGCCCCAAUGUCAACCUGAAUGAUUCCCAGCGGUCCCAUUCCACCAGUGACCCUCCCAGUUCUCUGGGCAUGGACAAUGUCAGUACUCCCUCCUCUGGUUCUGGAAGACCCCCCACUAUGUCAUCAUUUGAUGGAACUGUUGUCAGUACAGUGACAGAGUGUGUGGAUCCCUCCUCUGCUUCAAGACUGACAGACGACUCUCAUGACCAGACACUGAGAGCCCAGCAGAUCGCAGAGCGCCUCGGUAACAUUAGUCCCACCUCAACUCUGCAGAGUGAGAGGUUGAACAAUGUGAGUCCUACAUCUAGUCAUGGUAGCAGCACUCAGCUACGCAAGUCCACAGUGUUACGCAGUGUUUUUGUCAAAGACAUUGGAUGGGCAUCACAGCUGUCUAAUGGAGAAAUAUGGGUAAAAUUUGAUGAUGGAACCCAAAUAGGAGUAAAGCCAACCACUACCACAGUUAAAUAUGUGGAUCUUCAAGGAAAACUUUUUAGAUUUCAAAGAACUGACAUUCUUCCAGAAGCAGUCAAACUUAGACUGGGGAAAGUCCCUGUGGUGCUAGAGACCCUCAUGCAGGAGGCCCCUCCCACCUCCACCCCCUCCAGCACCUACCACUGAGGAAACACACGCAGUGAAGCAAAAAUCUCAACCAUGUUUAUCUGUGAUAGUGCCAUAAUGAAUCCAUUACUCAUUUUUUCUUAGUGCUGUGAUAACCUGUAGGCAGCUGAUGUUGUUCUGUGUAGAAGUGUUUCAUGGAUCUGAUCGGGUGUUGACAAUUACCUAAAUAUGAAAUCUGUACAGAGUUAUACCAUAUGUAGAUAUCAGAUUAAAAGUACAGUUUUACCAAUAGAUUGUACAUGACAUAGAUGUAUAUAGUCUAGAUUUUAGAUAAGAAAGUCUCAGCUUCAGAGAAAUUACUGCUGUUAUAGUUUAUGUUUCUAGUUUAGUGCUAUUGGCUAUGGUAGGAUGUCUUGUUUGUGCUAUAUUUUACAAUGAGGUUCAUAAAUUAUCAGAAAGAUAUUUAUUUUAAUGACGGUAGAAUUGUGUUCAUUCUUUUGUGUGUCUUUUUUUAAUAUCAAGUUUGUUUUUUCUUACACAACGAAAAACAGCAUUGCAAUUUCUGUUUACACAUUGUUAUUUUUACAAAAUUUUAUUUUGCACAGAUUUUUUUAUCCCACUUUGAGAGUUUUAAGUCAUUACGCACAUGCAAAAAUACACAGCUCCUAUGUUGAUUCACUUUACACAGGUAAUGAAAUGAGAUUUUAUUUCAAAAGAUACAAUUAUCAAAACCGAAACAGAUAGAGUAAAAAGAAUUGAUUUUAUAUUUUAACUGAUAUGAUUCAAUUUUUUAAAGUCUUUUUUUUAUUAAUUAUUUGCAUUUUGAUAUUAGUUUUAUUUGUGGGUAAUUAGUGACAUUGAAUAUUAGUAUUUAUUGUUGAGUACCAUAGCCAAUUUCAUGCUUAUAUUGUUAAUUAUUUAACUAGUCUUCAUAUAUAUUAUAGUUAUAUGAUAUAAAUAAAGAAUUAAAAAUCUUUA